UUUUGUCUUUCUUCCACAAAACCAAAAACACAGACACACACACACACCAGCAUUAAACAAAACACAAAAAUCCCUCCUUCCCUUCUUCCAUAAUUUCAAUUCCUUUAUUCUUCUUCUUCUUCAUCCUCUUCUUUCAUUGGAUUCUUGUUAAUUCUACAGUUUCAUUAUUAUUAUUAUUAUUAUUAUUAUUAUUGUGUUCUUGAAUGGCUGCAAGUGUCUCCAGGUUCAUCAAGUGUGUCACUGUUGGUGAUGGUGCUGUUGGCAAGACCUGUAUGCUUAUUUGUUACACCAGCAACAAAUUCCCCACUGAUUAUGUACCAACUGUAUUUGAUAACUUCAGUGCAAAUGUUGUGGUUGAAAGCACCACUGUCAAUUUAGGCCUCUGGGACACUGCUGGGCAAGAAGAUUACAACAGGUUAAGACCCUUGAGUUAUCGAGGAGCCGAUGUGUUUGUUCUAGCCUUUUCAUUGGUUAGUCGAGCCAGCUACGAGAACAUACUCAAGAAGUGGAUACCCGAGCUUCAGCAUUUUGCUCCCGGCGUCCCUGUUGUGUUGGCUGGAACCAAACUUGAUCUUCGCGAGGAUAAACGUUACUUAGCUGAUCAUCCAGGUCUAGUGCCCGUGACAACCGCUCAGGGAGAGGAGCUCCGUAAACAGAUGGGUGCUGCAUAUUACAUCGAAUGCAGCUCUAAAACUCAGCAGAACAUAAAAGCUGUCUUCGAUGCCGCGAUACGGGUGGUUAUCAAGCCACAACAAGCACCAAAGGAAAAGAAAAAGCCACGCCCUGGAUGUUUUGCAAACAUGUUCUGCACAAGGAAACUGACUUGCCUGGGAUAAGACAGAUUCUGGAUUCAUUCAUCUAUUCUUCAGCUCCAAUGUAACUUAACAUGCAACUUUGAUCGAAUCGGCUGCCACUGUUAGUAAAUAGGCAAGCAGAGAAGCAUAUUCGUUGGAUAUGUCCAUCACAAUUUAUGUGUGUUUUUAGCUUUAACCAUUUUGUAUAAAAAUCAAUACUGAAUAGGUGCUUGUAAUUCAGUUUCUAGAUAUAUUGUUGUUUCUAAAGUAAAAAAAAAAAAGAUUUACAGAGAAAACCUCAGGGACACCAGGAUAGAAUUAUGAUGUCCUAAAUUUAUCGUGGAAAUAUUAUCUGUUUGUUGA